AUGGCGCGGCUGCUGUGCGUGCCGGACAGCGACGGACCAGAGGAGAAAGAAAAUGCCUUCUGGGCAGCUGCAACAGUCCCGUCUGCGAAAAGUGUUGCUGAAGCGUUUGCUGACUAUCCUGAUGUUGUGUGUAUCCCCCGUCUGCUUCAUUUUGUCCGGGUUGCCGUGAAGCAGCAGCGGCGCCACCAGAGCCAAGAGCUGCGGAGAAGCGCAUCAAACCCCCGUGAAGGACAGCCGGAGACAGAGGCUGGAGAGGACAGACAACGCAUAGCGGCAGAAGAGCAGGGAGGAACAGAACCCCAGCAGAGAGCGAGACAGCUUGAUGAACUGGAAGCACUCAUCUUUCAAGGCUGUUGCCUGCUACUGGAGGCGAGCCAGCGGCAGAGGAAUGCCGCAGCGCAUGCGCAGGCACGGCGCCUCUGGGACGAGCACCGCGUUCUCUGCGCCGCUGAGAGUACGGGUACCCUGAACGACAAACGUUCACUUCCCCAUCGAGAUCGAGCUCGCGAGGAGCGAGACGAGGAAAUUCGGAAGCUUUACAAUGCAGCGUUCGUCAACGAAUGCGGUGACGGCAUGCCGGACAUGCGCGAGAGGCUUGUGCGGGAAGUGCUGCAAGUUCUUGAAGGAGGUCGACUAGACUUCGACGAAUAUCCAAAUGACAUCGAGGCAUCCUCCGCUUCGUCGUCUCGUGCUUCCAUCGAUGGACCAGCGGGCCCGAGUGAAUCGGGAGAGCAUCACAGUGUCUCCCAGCGAUCCGGCGAGUCGAGGGGCGAACCUGGUUACGGAGAGGGAGCGCGUUCUGGUCACCUCGUCAGAGGCGGAGUCUGGAACGCUGUGCGCGCUGAGCCACGAGGCACUAUAGGGCCUUUAGCCCCUUACCGUGCUGUGUCUGAUGUGGUAAAAGGUCUGGAGCGUCUUCGGUCAGGCGAUAUCUGCGCAGCUGCCGACGCACUGCGAAACGUCAACGCUAGAGUGUACGCGCGCGCGUUCGACGCAGUGGCUACACAGUCUGCAAUUUCCGUGAACGGGGGACUCCCUCUGCAAGCGUCUCCUACACUUCAAGAGGGAUCUCACAAAGUGGCGACGGCCGCUGCCGACUUCCAUUCCUUUUCGGAAGCAGGACGUGGAAUGGCGGAAACUGGCGCUGGGAGUUUUGCUGCGGCCGCGGGCCCUGCACUGAAACGCACUGGAUCGAUUCUUGGUGUAUGUACACCCGAAGACGUUGCUAUGUACGCCAUGCUCUGCUGCCUCGCCGUCAACACCAGAGAAGAACUAAAAGAGCAACUUGCAGAAGAUGCGCCUCUCAGGAAAGUGCUGGAACCGAGUCCUGUAGCACUUCAGGCUGCAGUGCUGUUCUCGCUGUCCGACUUUGAGCAGGCCUUCAAAGUCAUAUGCGAUAUGACGCCCGCGUUCGAACGCGAUCUUCUUCUUGGGGAAGAAUGCACGGCGCACCUUCUCCGAGAAAUACGCAGAAAUGCAGUUCUGGAGUUCACCACCGCAUAUAGUUCUCUCACUCUGUCAACACUCCUUGAAGCCUUCCCUCAACACUCUGCUGCCGCUCUAAGAGAAGACGUCGUUGCUGUGAUUGAAAGUCGCACGCUACCCUUCCGCUACGACGGAGUGAAUGACGGGACCGCGGCCGAGAAGGCCGAAGGUUUCGUGGAAACGGGGCUGGCGGAACGUUUCGCCAGGGGACAACAGUAA